AUGGCAAAGGCAGCGGCAGCGGGAACGAGGGAGGAGAUGGUCUACAUGGCGAAGCUGGCGGAGCAGGCCGAGCGGUACGAGGAGAUGGUCGAGUUCAUGGAGAAGGUCGUGGCGGCGGCGGGGACCGGCGAGCUCACCGUCGAGGAGAGGAACCUGCUCUCAGUCGCGUACAAGAACGUCAUCGGGGCGCGUCGUGCUUCCUGGCGCAUCGUGUCCUCCAUCGAGCAGAAGGAGGAAGGGCGCGGAGCGGCGGGGCACGCCGCCGCGGCGCGCGGGUACCGCGCACUUGUCGAGGCCGAGCUCUCCAACAUCUGCGCGGGGAUCCUCCGUCUCCUCGACGAACGCCUAGUCCCCGCCGCCGCCGCCAUCGACGCCAAGGUAUUCUACCUGAAGAUGAAGGGAGACUACCAUCGCUACCUCGCGGAGUUCAAGUCGGCCGCCGAGCGCAAGGAUGCCGCUGACUCCACCCUCGGUGCCUACCAGGCCGCUCAGGACAUAGCCAUGAAGGAGCUGCCACCGACUCACCCCAUCAGGCUGGGCCUCGCGCUCAACUUCUCCGUGUUCUACUAUGAGAUCCUCAACUCGCCUGAUCGUGCGUGCUCGCUCGCGAAACAGGCCUUCGAUGAAGCCAUCGCUGAGCUGGAUUCCCUCGGAGAAGAUUCCUACAAGGACAGCACCCUGAUCAUGCAACUUCUCCGUGACAAUCUCACCUUGUGGACCUCUGAUAUGCAGCAGGAUGACGCUGGCGAUGAAAUGAGGGAUUCAAGCAAGCCUGAGGAUGAGCAGUAG